CUUCCGCCGCGGGGGUCGGGCAAAGGAAGGCGGAUUGGGACUGAGGCGCCCAUGCCAUUCCAUUCCCCUCCCGGCGGCGCUGAGGCGAGGCGAGCAAAGAGGGCGAUGUAGCUACUGCUACCUGGAAGGCCUGGACAGGCUGGCUGAUACUUGAGGUCUUACAUCUUUUGUCUGCAUAAGGGGUAACGUUUUCGGAGCGAAAAUGGCAUUUGUGUCAACGCAAGGACCCACUGUGGUUGACCAAACCACUUUAAUGAAGAAAUACCUCCAGUUUGUGGCAGCUCUCACGGAUGUUAAUACGCCUGAUGAAACAAAGCUGAAGAUGAUGCAAGAAGUCAGUGAAAACUUUGAGAAUGUGACCUCAUCCCCUCAGUAUUCCACAUUCUUGGAACACAUCAUCCCUCGCUUCCUCACCUUUCUUCAGGAUGGAGAGGUUCAAUUUCUGCAGGAAAAGCCAGCCCAGCAAUUGAGAAAAUUAGUUCUGGAAAUAAUCCACAGAAUACCCACAAACGAACAUCUUCGUCCUCACACCAAAAAUGUCUUAUCUGUCAUGUUCAGAUUUCUAGAGACUGAAAAUGAAGAAAAUGUACUCAUCUGUUUGAGAAUCAUUAUUGAGCUGCACAAACAAUUCAGGCCACCGAUCACACAAGAGAUUCAUCAUUUUUUGGAUUUUGUUAAACAGAUUUACAAAGAACUUCCCAAAGUAGUGAAUCGAUAUUUCGAGAAUCCCCAGGUUAUUCCUGAGAACACUGUGCCCACUCCAGAAAUGGUUGGCAUGAUCACCACAAUUGUAGUGAAAGUAAAUCCUGAACGAGAUGACAGUGAAACAAGAACGCAUUCUAUAAUUCCUCGAGGCUCGCUCUCUCUGAAGGUGCUAGCUGAACUGCCCAUUAUUGUUGUCCUCAUGUAUCAGCUCUACAAACUGAACAUUCAUAAUGUGGUGGCUGAAUUUGUGCCCUUGAUCAUGAAUACUAUUAUAAUUCAGGUGUCUACACAAGCAAGGCAGCAUAAACUUUACAAUAAGGAACUGUAUGCUGACUUCAUUGCUGCGCAGAUAAAAACGUUAUCGUUCUUGGCUUACAUCAUAAGAAUUUAUCAGGAGUUGGUAGCAAAGUAUUCACAGCAGAUGGUGAAAGGGAUGUUGCAGUUGCUGUCAAACUGUCCUGCAGAGACGGCUCAUCUGAGAAAGGAGCUUCUUAUUGCUGCCAAGCACAUUCUUACCACGGACUUGAGGAGCCAAUUUAUUCCAUGCAUGGACAAACUGUUUGAUGAAUCCAUCCUCAUAGGCUCUGGAUACACAGCCCGUGAAACCCUGAGGCCCCUUGCCUAUAGUACAUUGGCAGAUCUGGUGCAUCAUGUCCGGCAGCACUUGCCACUGAAUGAUCUCUCCCUUGCUGUCCAGUUAUUUGCCAAGAACAUUGAUGACGAGUCGUUACCCAGCAGUAUCCAGACCAUGUCCUGCAAGCUUCUGCUAAACCUGGUGGAUUGUAUUCGUUCCAAGAGCGAACAGGAAAAUGGAAAUGGCAGAGAUAUCCUUAUGAGGAUGUUGGAGGUUUUUGUCCUCAAAUUUCACACCAUUGCUCGCUAUCAACUCUCCAUUAUCUUUAAGAAGUGCAAACCGCAGUCGGAACUUGGGGCAGGAGAAGCAGCUUUGCCCAGUGUGCCAGCCGGAGGAAACACAGCUCCGGCUCCUGUACCCUCCCCUGCCCCUGCCACCCCCCUGGCCCCUGCCUCGGGGCCCGUGUUUGAGAAACAAGGGGAGAAGGAGAAGGAAGACAAGCAAACAUUCCAAGUCACCGAUUGCCGAAGCUUGGUCAAAACCUUGGUCUGCGGCGUUAAGACAAUCACGUGGGGCAUCACUUCUUGCAAAGCGCCUGGUGAAGCACAGUUCAUUCCCAAUAAGCAGCUGCAACCGAAAGAGACACAGAUCUAUAUAAAACUGGUUAAAUAUGCAAUGCAGGCGUUGGAUAUUUAUCAGGUUCAAAUUGCCGGGAAUGGGCAGACGUACAUUCGGGUUGCAAAUUGUCAGACGGUCCGGAUGAAAGAAGAGAAGGAAGUCUUGGAGCAUUUUGCUGGUGUCUUCACAAUGAUGAAUCCUUUGACUUUUAAAGAAAUUUUUCAGACGACAGUUCCUUACAUGGUUGAAAGGAUCUCUAAGAACUAUGCCCUCCAGAUUGUUGCCAAUUCCUUCUUGGCCAACCCAACUACCUCAGCUCUAUUUGCCACAAUCUUGGUGGAGUAUCUUCUGGACCGGUUGCCCGAAAUGGGCUCCAAUGUGGAGCUGUCCAACCUGUAUCUUAAACUGUUCAAGCUGGUCUUUGGCUCCGUCUCACUCUUUGCAGCAGAAAAUGAACAGAUGCUAAAGCCACAUCUGCACAAGAUAGUGAACAGCUCCAUGGAACUUGCCCAGACUGCCAAGGAACCCUACAAUUACUUCUUACUGCUUCGAGCGCUCUUCCGAUCUAUUGGAGGAGGGAGCCACGAUCUCCUGUAUCAGGAAUUCUUGCCUCUGCUACCAAACUUACUCCAAGGUCUUAAUAUGCUGCAGAGUGGCCUGCACAAGCAGCACAUGAAGGAUUUGUUCGUAGAGCUUUGCCUGACUGUCCCGGUUCGAUUGAGUUCCCUCCUUCCUUAUUUGCCAAUGUUGAUGGAUCCUUUGGUGUCAGCCUUAAAUGGAUCUCAGACGCUGGUCAGCCAAGGCUUGCGGACUCUUGAGUUGUGUGUGGAUAAUUUACAGCCGGAUUUUCUGUACGAUCACAUUCAACCUGUGCGUGCUGAACUCAUGCAGGCUUUGUGGCGGACCCUGCGUAAUCCUGCCGAAACCAUCUCCCAUGUUGCCUAUCGUGUGCUGGGCAAGUUUGGUGGAAGUAACCGGAAGAUGCUGAAAGAAUCACAGAAGUUGCAGUAUGUCGUGACAGAGGUUCAUGGGCCCAGUAUUACAGCGGAGUUCUCUGAUUGUAAAGCCUCAAUCCAGCUCCCAAUGGAGAAGGCCAUUGAGACUGCCUUGGACUGCUUGAAGAGUGCAAACACAGAGCCAUACUAUCGGAGACAGGCUUGGGAGGUGAUCAAGUGCUUUUUGGUGGCCAUGAUGAGCCUGGACGACAACAAGCAUGCUUUGUAUCAGCUUCUUGCACACCCCAAUUUUACAGAGAAGUCUAUUCCCAAUGUGAUCAUUUCUCAUCGGUAUAAAGCCCAGGACACACCUGCCCGAAAAACCUUUGAGCAAGCAUUGACAGGGGCGUUCAUGUCCGCAGUGAUCAAAGAUCUGCGCCCCAGUGCUCUUCCUUUCGUGGCCAGCUUGAUUCGGCAUUACACCAUGGUGGCAGUAGCCCAGCAGUGUGGUCCUUUCUUGCUUCAGUGUUAUCAGGUUGGAAGCCAGCCCAGCACAGCCAUGUUUCACAGUGAAGAAAAUGGAUCUAAAGGCAUGGAUCCCUUGGUCCUUAUUGAUGCCAUUGCUAUCUGCAUGGCCUAUGAAGAGAAGGAGCUCUGCAAAAUAGGAGAGGUGGCACUUGCUGUGAUAUUUGACGUUGCCAGCAUCAUUCUGGGAUCGAAGGAAAGGGCUUGCCAGCUUCCCUUGUUCUCAUACAUCGUGGAACGUCUCUGUGCCUGCUGUUAUGAGCAAGCCUGGUAUGCCAAGCUAGGAGGUGUUGUGUCAAUCAAAUUUCUCAUGGAGAGGUUACCCCUCAUUUGGGUUCUUCAGAACCAGCAGACAUUCCUCAAGGCACUGCUAUUUGUCAUGAUGGACCUAACAGGAGAGGUGUCAAAUGGAGCUGUUGCAAUGGCCAAAACCACCCUCGAGCAGCUCUUGAUCAGAUGUGCGACCCCUCUGAAGGAUGAAGAGAAAACAGAAGACAUCCUCACAGCCCAGGAGAAGUCCUUCCACCACGUGACCCAUGAUCUGGUGCGUGAAGUGACCUCUCCAAACUCCACUGUGCGGAAGCAAGCCAUGCAUUCUUUGCAAGUGCUUGCUCAAGUCACAGGGAAAAGUGUCACUGUGAUCAUGGAACCACACAAAGAGGUUCUCCAAGACAUGGUUCCUCCAAAAAAACACCUGCUUAGACAUCAACCAGCAAAUGCUCAGAUUGGUUUGAUGGAGGGGAACACCUUCUGUACCACUCUGCAACCCAGACUUUUUACCAUGGAUCUAAACGUUGUCGAACACAAAGUAUUCUAUACGGAGCUUUUGAAUUUGUGUGAGGCUGAAGAUAGUGCCUUGAUGAAAUUGCCCUGCUACAAGAGUCUUCCUUCACUCGUACCUCUUCGAAUCGCUGCGCUGAAUGCCUUAGCUGCUUGCAAUUACUUGCCGCAGUCCAGAGAGAAAAUCAUUGCUGCACUUUUCAAGGCACUUAACUCAACAAACAAUGAACUCCAGGAGGCAGGCGAGGCUUGCAUGAGAAAGUUUUUGGAAGGUGCUACAAUUGAGGUCGACCAGAUUCACACGCACAUGAGGCCUUUGCUUAUGAUGCUGGGUGACUACCGAAGCUUGACACUGAAUGUUGUGAACCGCCUGACUUCAGUAACAAGACUCUUCCCUAACUCCUUUAAUGACAAGUUCUGCGAUCAAAUGAUGCAACACCUGCGUAAAUGGAUGGAAGUAGUAGUCAUUACACAUAAAGGAGGACAGAGGAGUGAUGGAAAUGAAAUGAAGAUUUGCUCGGCAAUUAUAAACCUAUUUCAUCUGAUCCCGGCUGCUCCUCAGACGCUCGUUAAACCCUUGCUCGAAGUUGUGAUGAAAACGGAACGGGCGAUGCUGAUCGAGGCCGGCAGUCCAUUCAGAGAACCAUUAAUAAAGUUUCUGACACGCCACCCCUCCCAGACUGUUGAGUUGUUUAUGAUGGAAGCAACCUUAAAUGAUCCACAAUGGAGCAGAAUGUUUAUGAGCUUUUUGAAACAUAAAGAUGCAAAACCUCUGCGUGAUGUUCUGGCAGCCAAUCCCAAUCGCUUCAUCACAUUAUUGUUACCUGGCGGUACCCAAGCGGCUGUCCGGCCUGGCUCUCCCAGCACAAGCACAAUGCGGCUAGAUCUCCAGUUUCAGGCUAUCAAGAUCAUAAGCAUUAUAGUUAAGAACGAUGAAUGUUGGCUGGCAAACCAGCAUUCCUUAGUGAGCCAGCUCCGGCGAGUGUGGGUCAGUGAAGCUUUUCAGGAGAGGCACCGGAAGGAAAACAUGGCUGCGACCAACUGGAAAGAGCCCAAACUCCUGGCAUAUUGCUUAUUGAAUUACUGCAAGAGAAAUUACGGUGACAUUGAACUGCUCUUCCAACUUCUGCGAGCCUUUACAGGCCGUUUCCUCUGCAACAUGACUUUCCUGAAAGAAUACAUGGAGGAAGAGAUCCCCAAAAACUACACCAUUGCCCAAAAACGGGCCCUCUUCUUCCGUUUUGUCGACUUUGCUGAUCCCAACUUUGGAGAUGAGCUGAAAGCCAAGGUUCUGCAACACAUUCUAAAUCCAGCUUUCUUGUAUAGCUUUGAAAAAGGUGAAGGAGAACAGUUGCUGGGUCCUCCAAAUCCAGAAGGAGACAACCCUGAAAGCAUCACUAGUGUGUUCAUAACAAAGGUACUUGAUCCUGAAAAGCAAGCCGACAUGCUAGAUUCCCUCAGGAUUUAUCUCCUACAGUUUGCCACCCUUCUUGUUGAGCACGCCCCACACCACAUUCAUGACAACAACAAGAACCGGAAUAGCAAACUGCGGCGACUCAUGACUUUUGCUUGGCCUUGUCUGCUCUCAAAGGCCUGUGUGGACCCAGCAUGCAAAUACAGUGGGCACCUGCUCCUAGCACACAUCAUUGCCAAAUUUGCCAUUCACAAGAAGAUAGUCUUACAGGUCUUUCACAGUCUCCUGAAGGCUCAUGCGAUGGAAGCUCGGGCUAUUGUUAGGCAAGCUAUGGCUAUCCUGACACCGGCUGUGCCGGCUCGCAUGGAGGAUGGCCACCAGAUGUUAACUCACUGGACGAGGAAGAUCAUAGUAGAAGAAGGUCAUACAGUUCCUCAGCUUGUCCACAUUUUGCAUUUAAUAGUCCAGCACUUCAAGGUUUACUAUCCAGUGAGACACCAUUUAGUGCAGCACAUGGUGAGCGCCAUGCAGAGGUUGGGCUUCACCCCCAGCGUUACUAUUGAGCAGAGAAAACUUGCUGUGGAUCUUGCCGAAGUGGUUAUCAAAUGGGAACUGCAACGAAUCAAAGAUCAGCAGCCAGAUUCUGAUAUGGAUGCAGGUACCAGUGGUGAAGGAUCUGGUUCCACCUCAUCGGCUGUAAAGAGGGGGCUGUCGGUUGACUCUGGACAAGAAGUGAAGCGGUUCAGGACAGCAACUGGCGGGAUAAGUGCAGUAUUUGGACGCAGCCAGUCGUUGCCUGGAGCUGAUGCCCUCCUUUCGAAGCCCAUUGACAAACAACACACGGACACGGUCAUCAACUUCCUCAUUAGAAUUGCUUGCCAGGUAAAUGACAACUCAAACACUGCUGGCUCACCAGGAGAACUGCUUUCUCGGCGUUGUGUUAACCUUCUGAAGACAGCUUUACGACCAGAUAUGUGGCCAAAAUCAGAGCUCAAACUGCAGUGGUUUGAUAAGCUCUUAAUGACUGUGGAGCAACCAAACCAGGCCAAUUUUGCCAACAUCUGCACUGGACUGGAGGUUCUCAGCUUUCUCCUGACCGUACUCCAGUCACCAGCUAUUCUGAGUAGCUUCAAACCUCUGCAGCGUGGAAUAGCAUCUUGCAUGACAUGUGGAAACACCAAAGUUUUAAGAGCUGUCCAUACCCUGCUGUCUCGCUUAAUGAGUAACUUCCCUACAGAACCAAGUACCUCAAGUGUGGCCUCCAAGUAUGAAGAACUGGAGUGUCUUUAUGCAGCUGUUGGGAAGGUUAUUUACGAAGGACUUACUAAUUAUGAAAAGGCAACUAAUGCCAACCCUUCGCAACUUUUUGGUACCUUGAUGAUUUUGAAGUCUGCAUGCAGCAAUAACCCCAGCUACAUUGACAGGUUGAUUUCAGUCUUCAUGCGGUCUCUUCAGAAGAUGGUGAGGGAGCACUUAAACCAACAGUCUCAAGCAGGGACUGCUGAAGCAAACACAGCUGGUACUAGUGAACUGGUCAUGCUGAGUCUGGAUUUGGUGAAAACCCGUCUUGCUGUGAUGAGCAUGGAAAUGAGGAAAAACUUCAUCCAAGCCAUUCUGACAUCUCUGAUUGAAAAAUCAAAUGAUGCUAAGAUCCUUCGCGCUGUGGUGAAAAUAGUGGAAGAGUGGGUGAAAAACAACUCUUCAUUAGCUGCCAACCAGACACCUACACUCCGGGAGAAGUCCAUUUUACUGGUAAAAAUGAUGACCUACAUUGAAAAACGUUUUCCAGAGGACCUUGAAUUGAAUGCCCAAUUCUUAGACCUUGUUAACUAUGUCUAUAGGGAUGAAAGCCUGUCAGGUAGUGAGCUUACUGCUAAACUUGAACCAGCCUUCCUUUCGGGACUCCGUUGUGCUCAGCCACUCAUCAGAGCCAAAUUUUUCGAGGUUUUCGACAAUUCCAUGAAGCGUCGCGUCUACGAACGUCUGCUCUACGUCACGUGUUCUCAAAACUGGGAAGCAAUGGGAAACCAUUUUUGGAUCAAACAGUGCAUCGAGCUUCUGUUGGCUGUGUGCGAAAGAAACACUACAAUCGGAACCAGCUGUCAAGGCGCCAUGCUCCCAUCCAUCACAAAUGUUAUCAACCUUGCCGACAGUCAUGACCGGGCAGCAUUUGCUAUGGUGACCCAUGUCAAGCAAGAGCCCCGUGAAAGAGAAAACAGUGAAUCCAAGGAGGAGGAUGUGGAAAUAGACAUUGAAUUGGCUCCAGGUGAUCAGACUAGUACACCCAAAACCAAAGAGCUUUCUGAAAAGGACAUUGGCAACCAGUUGCACAUGUUGACUAAUCGGCACGAUAAAUUCUUGGACUCUCUGCGAGAAGUGAAGACUGGAGCACUGCUCAGUGCCUUCGUGCAGUUGUGCCACAUUUCCACACCUUUAGCUGAGAAGACGUGGAUCCAGCUGUUCUCCAGAUUGUGGAAAAUCUUAACUGAUAGACAGCAACAUGCUCUUGCUGGUGAAAUCAGCCCUUUCUUGUGUAGCGGUAGCCACCAAGUGCAACGCGACUGCCAACCAAGUGCACUCAACUGCUUUGUAGAAGCCAUGUCACAGUGUGUCCCUCCUAUUCCCAUCCGGCCCUGUGUCCUGAAGUACCUUGGUAAAACACACAACCUGUGGUUCCGUUCGACACUGAUGCUGGAGCAUCAAGCCUUUGAAAAAGGGCUCAGUCUCCAGAUUAAGCCCAAGCAGACCACAGAGUUUUAUGAGCAGGAGAGCAUCACUCCGCCUCAACAGGAAAUCCUUGAUUCACUUGCUGAGCUGUACUCUUUGUUACAAGAAGAGGACAUGUGGGCUGGCCUGUGGCAAAAGCGUUGCAAAUUCCCAGAAACGGCAACUGCUAUUGCUUAUGAACAACAUGGCUUCUUCGAACAGGCUCAGGAAACCUAUGAAAAAGCAAUGGAGAAAGCCAAGAAAGAGCAUGAAAGAAAUAAUGCUUCCCCUGCUAUAUUCCCUGAGUAUCAACUUUGGGAAGACCACUGGAUUCGGUGCUCCAAAGAGUUGAAUCAGUGGGAAGCUCUGACUGAGUAUGGCCAAUCGAAGGGUCACAUCAACCCCUAUCUAGUCCUGGAAUGUGCAUGGCGCGUCUCCAACUGGACUGCCGUGAAGGAAGCGCUGGUGCAGGUGGAGCUGAGUUGCCCUAAGGAGAUGGCAUGGAAGGUCAACAUGUACCGGGGAUACUUGGCCAUCUGCCACCCAGAAGAACAGCAACUGAACUUCAUUGAGCGUCUGGUUGAGAUGGCUAGUGGCUUGGCGAUUCGGGAAUGGCGACGACUUCCCCAAGUGGUUUCCCAUGUCCACACGCCCCUUCUACAGGCAGCACAACAGAUCAUUGAACUUCAAGAAGCCGCCCAAAUAAAUGCAGGGCUACAGCCGGCCAAUCUUGGACGGAAUAACAGCCUGCAUGACAUGAAGACCGUGGUGAAGACUUGGAGGAACAGGCUACCAAUUGUAUCAGAUGACUUAUCCCACUGGAGCAGCAUUUUCAUGUGGAGGCAACAUCAUUACCAAGCCAUUGUAGGUGCAUAUGACAACAGCUCGCAACAUGAUCCCAGUUCCAACAAUGCCAUGCUGGGGGUUCAUGCUUCAGCCUCGGCCAUUAUCCAGUAUGGAAAGAUCGCCCGGAAGCAAGGGCUGGUGAAUGUGGCACUUGACAUCUUGAGUCGUAUUCACACGAUCCCAACAGUACCGAUUGUGGAUUGCUUCCAGAAGAUUCGGCAGCAGGUCAAAUGCUACCUUCAGCUGGCUGGAGUCCUGGGCAAAAAUGAAUGCAUGCAGGGCCUUGAGGUUAUUGAAUCAACAAACCUGAAGUAUUUUACCAAGGAGAUGACUGCCGAGUUCUACGCACUGAAGGGGAUGUUUUUAGCUCAGAUUAACAAAUCUGAAGAAGCGAACAAAGCCUUCUCAGCAGCUGUACAGAUGCAUGAUGUUCUAGUGAAGGCCUGGGCCAUGUGGGGAGAUUACCUGGAGAAUAUCUUUGUGAAGGAGCGUCAGCUACAUCUAGGGGUGUCAGCUAUCACUUGUUACCUGCAUGCCUGCCGCCAUCAAAAUGAAAGCAAGUCUAGGAAGUAUUUAGCAAAGGUUCUUUGGCUGCUAAGCUUUGAUGAUGACAAGAAUACACUGGCAGAUGCCGUUGACAAAUACUGUAUUGGUGUCCCGCCGAUCCAGUGGCUGGCUUGGAUUCCACAGCUGUUAACCUGUUUGGUUGGGUCAGAGGGCAAACUUCUCUUGAACCUUAUUAGUCAGGUUGGCCGAGUCUAUCCCCAAGCAGUCUACUUUCCUAUUCGAACCCUUUAUUUGACACUGAAGAUAGAACAACGGGAACGCUACAAAAGUGAUUCUGGACAGCAGCAGCCAAGUUCUGUUGGAAACCAGUCUCACUCUGCUUCGGAUCCUGGGCCCAUCCGAGCGACUGCGCCAAUGUGGCGUUGCAGCCGAAUUAUGCACAUGCAGCGGGAACUGCAUCCAACGCUUCUCUCCUCUCUUGAGGGGAUUGUCGAUCAGAUGGUCUGGUUCAGAGAAAAUUGGCACGAGGAGGUCCUUCGACAGCUACAGCAGGGGCUGGCCAAGUGCUAUUCUGUUGCCUUUGAGAAGAGUGGUGCAGUUUCAGAUGCCAAAAUCACACCACACACAUUGAAUUUUGUCAAGAAACUGGUCAGCACCUUUGGCGUCGGCCUAGAAAAUGUCUCCAAUGUCUCCACCAUGUUUUCCAGUGCUGCUUCAGAGUCACUAGCCAGAAGAGCUCAGGCUACGGCUCAAGAUCCUGUGUUUCAGAAACUGAAAGGGCAGUUCACAACAGACUUCGACUUCAGCGUGCCAGGCUCCAUGAAACUUCACAAUCUUAUUUCAAAGCUGAAGAAAUGGAUCAAAAUCCUUGAGGCGAAAACCAAACAGCUUCCCAAGUUCUUUCUCAUCGAGGAAAAAUGUCGCUUUCUGAGCAACUUCUCUGCCCAGACGGCUGAAGUGGAAAUUCCUGGAGAGUUCCUCAUGCCGAAGCCGACACACUAUUAUAUCAAGAUUGCACGAUUUAUGCCCAGAGUGGAGAUAGUACAAAAGCAUAACACUGCAGCUAGAAGACUCUAUAUCCGAGGCCAUAAUGGAAAGAUUUACCCGUAUCUCGUAAUGAACGAUGCCUGCCUGACCGAGUCACGUAGAGAAGAGCGAGUAUUACAGCUCCUUCGCCUCUUGAACCCCUGUUUAGAGAAGAGGAAAGAAACCACAAAGAGGCAUCUCUUCUUCACAGUCCCUCGAGUCGUGGCAGUGUCCCCGCAGAUGCGCCUGGUAGAAGACAACCCCUCUUCUCUCUCCCUUGUGGAGAUCUACAAGCAGCGCUGUGCCAAGAAGGGGAUUGAGCACGACAGCCCGAUUUCUCGCUACUAUGACAGACUGGCAACCGUCCAAGCGAGAGGGACCCAGGCCAGCCAUCAGGUUCUCCGUGACAUUCUGAAAGAAGUGCAAGGCAACAUGGUGCCGCGCAGCAUGCUGAAGGAAUGGGCCCUGCAUACGUUUCCAAAUGCCACCGAUUACUGGACAUUCCGGAAGAUGUUCACCAUUCAGCUGGCCCUCAUCGGUUUUGCAGAAUUUGUCUUCCAUUUGAACCGACUGAAUCCCGAGAUGCUUCAGAUUGCGCAGGAUACCGGCAAACUGAAUGUGGCAUACUUCCGGUUUGAUAUCAACGAUGCCACAGGGGAUCUGGAUGCCAACCGACCCGUCCCAUUCCGGCUCACACCAAAUAUUUCUGAGUUCCUCACCACCAUUGGCGUUUCUGGUCCCCUCACUGCGUCUAUGAUUGCAGUUGCUCGCUGUUUUGCACAGCCAAACUUCAAGGUCGAUGGCAUCCUGAAAACAGUGCUGCGAGAUGAAAUAAUUGCUUGGCACAAGAAAACCCAGGAGGAUACCUCCUCCCCGCUCUCGGCAGCUGGACAGCCUGAGAACAUGGACAGCCAGCAGCUGGUUUCGCUGGUUCAGAAAGCAGUUACCGCCAUCAUGACUCGACUGCAUAAUCUGGCUCAGUUUGAAGGAGGGGAGAGCAAAGUCAAUACUCUGGUCGCUGCGGCAAACAGCCUGGACAACCUCUGUCGCAUGGAUCCCGCCUGGCACCCAUGGCUCUAGCUUGCCAUAGCAGAGAGACAGAGAGAAAAGGUGAAGACUUUGUCUGGAACAAUGCCUUGCCUCCAUCGCUCCUCCACAUCCGUCUUGACCCCUUGUUUGGUGUCGCCAUGUUUACAAGAGCAUUGGUUUUCCUGUUACAGCCUUCCAAGUUGUAUUGCAUGCUUAGGGUGCGAGGAAUCCGAAAAGGAGAUGGCUUGAGAACUGCAUAGAACAAUCAUGUUUUAUGCCAGAAGGGAGAAUGCAAAUGUUUGCAAGACUCAGAUUUCUCCAGUUCCUACUUGUGAACUCUUUUGUUGGUUUGUUUUUUAACCCCGUAAGAAAUUCGUAUCUCCACACUGUGGUUCUUACUGUAUGAAGUUUCUUUUUAAAUACAAAAAGUGUUGUCUUUAUGGUUUCCCUCCCAGUUGAUACAAACACUGCUUAAAUACCAUUUUAAACCAUUCAGACGUUAAGUUUAAAUGGGCUUGUACAGUGAUUUUUUUUUUUUGUAAUGCAAUGUAUAGAAAAUCAUUCUUAUUUUAUUUUUUGUCAUUAGUCGGAGGAAACGGAUCAAUUUUGGCAAGUUUUAUUCUACCAGAGCAGAAGAAAGGACUCCUUUUUGCAAUCUAGUUUGGUGACUCACUUAAGCAUAAAUGGAAGAUCACAAAAGCAAAUUUGUUACCCAUAAAGAUACAUAUUUGGACGGAACCAGUAUAGGACAAAUCAAAGAUUAUAUAUGAUGAACUGGGAUUCCCCCCCCCUCGUUUUUUUUUAGGUUUGAUUCAUUUGUAUUUCUACCGUUAAGUAGCUUCCAGAGGAACCAUUUUGUAGUGUUUACCUUUGUAAUUUAAAAAAGGAAACGGGGGGGGGGGGGGGAGAAUUGCUUUUUUUUGCGUCCAUGUUAGCAAUUUUUAUAAACCUUGCAGUGUUGGGAAUGUUCUGGUUCAAAAUUUGUACAGAGUGAACUUUUUUUCAGAAUAAAUAUUUUGUAAACUGCUUUAA